UGAGCUCGGAUAUAGAAAUAAUUCUUUGCGUAGGCUUUCAACUGUUGGCCUCAUCGUUGAAGCUUUGUAUAUGGGUCCUGCUGAUGGGGACUACCCAAUCGCUAAACACGAAGUCUUGCACAAUGAAUAUCAGGUGCUUGAGUUUCUCGGUAAGGGCUCAUUUGGACAAGUGGUAAGAUGUUGGAAGAAAUACGACAACCAAAUAGUAGCCGUUAAAAUAUUGAAGGACCACCCUUCGUACGUAAGACAGGGUCGAAUCGAAAUCAGCAUCCUGUCCAGACUGAGCCAAGAAAAUGCGGACGAAUUCAAUAUCCUCAAGUUUUACGGCAGUUUUCAACACAAUAACCAUCUUUGCCUCGUGUUUGAGAUGCUGGAACAGAACCUUUACGAAUUUCUCCAAGAGAACAACUUCAGUCCGAUGCCGCUCAAGAACAUCAGGCCAAUAUUACAGCAGGUUCUGACUGCGUUGCUUAAACUCAAAGAAUUAAGGCUUAUCCACGCGGAUUUGAAGCCGGAGAAUUUAAUGCUCGUCAAUCCCGUACGGCAACCGUACCGCGUGAAAGUUAUCGACUUCGGUAGCGCUUGUUAUGUCAACGAAGCGGUAUACAACUCAUAUAUACAGUCUCGGUACUACAGGGCGCCCGAAAUUAUUCUGGGCCUGCCGUUUUGUGAAGCGAUCGACAUGUGGUCGCUGGGUUGUAUUGCUGCAGAACUAUUUUUGGGCUGUCCACUGUAUCCUGGAUCAUCUGAAUACGACCAGAUCCGUUACAUCAGUCACACCCAAGGGUUACCGACGGAGGACAUGCUAAAUCACGGUUAUAAAACAACUGCGUUCUUCUACCGCGACAGGAAUAACAUUCAUCCAUUCUGGAGGUUGAAAACUCCAGAAGAGCAUGAUGCCGAAUCAGAGGUCAAGUCGGAGGAGACCAGAAAGUUCAUUGUCAAUUGUCUGGACGACAUUGAACGGGUGGUCGUUCCUACCGAACUGGAAGGGGGGCAGCUCUUGGCAGAAAAGGCCGACAGGAAAGAGUUUAUAGAUCUGCUGAAGAGGAUGCUGGCGAUGGACCAGGAGAGAAGAAUAACUCCGAGAGAGGCUCUCUGCCAUCAGUUUGUCCGGCUGACACACCUGAUUGGGUAUGGGCACUGCGAUAAUGUCAAAGCCAGCGUCCAAAUGAUGGAGGUGUGCCGCGGAACCCGAUACAACUCCACACAUUCACAUCAUCAACAGACCCAGCAAGCACCAUCUUUGGUGCCCAAUUUGUUACCAACCACCAACAAUCAACUGAACCAGGUACAAUGGAUUGCGAGGGAUAUGCCUCAUUAUGACAACUUGAAUCAAAUCUAUGAUGGUAGAACGGUCGGCAGGCAGUAUGCUACCAGCAGUAGAGCUGAUCCCUUCCAGCACCAGCCAAUGUCUAGCAUACUGCGUCCUGCUGGUUAUCUAGGUAUGCACCCUCCAGUAGUGAGCCAAACUGCUCCAAUCGGUAUUGGAAUUCCUACUGGGCGACAAAUGUUGCCGAUUAACGUCGUGCAAACAUCGUGGCCGACCAGUCAACAGAUACCGGUAGUUCCUCCUCAGCACGCAGUCAUACAACAACCCCUGCUACCCGAAGUUCAAUAUGGCAGGCCAUUGCUUGUCAAUUCCUCUGCUGUCCUGCAAGAGCACCAUCCGGUCUUUCCAGUAGACCACGUCCCCACUUACCAUCAAUUUAUGGUUCCUACUCAUCAUAGAUCUCAGCACCAAAAGACAGAACAAACGCAGCUCAGUCCUGUUAGAAAACGGGUUAAGGACGAGACUCAUUCACCAGAGCGAAUCAACUGCAUGUGCAACAGGAGGAAUCAUAGUCCAAACACGCAGAGGCCGCAUUCAUCACAUCAACCGGUAAUCUCCAAUAAUCAACACACGCAUACUAUCCAUCACCACCAUCAUCACCACCACCACAGCAAGCAGCAUACGAUUACGAUAGUCGACACUCCUUCGCCGGCCGUUUCGGUCAUCACGAUCUCGGACAGUGAGGACGAGGGCGUGCCCGACAAGAAAUCCAUCCACUACAGCACUAACCAGCCCCAACCACAGCAGUCGCCGCUGACUGCCGCCAAAAAUAUGAAAGCCAGCAGCUGCGUGAGCGUGCAAGACUGCGACAAUGAGGAAGAAAGCUCCGACAACUCGACAAAGUUGUCGUCCUCUCCUCCUUCUGAUAUAGACGACAAUGCGGCGACCUGAAAAAAGUUGUUUGUGUUCGCAGUUAACAGCAACAAUUCACCAAGUAUAACAUCACUACUUGUAAGUUUAUGAAACCGCGCGCGUGUUUCACUCUACAGUUGCAUCUUCGGUCGUUACAAUACUCGACGUUUGAAGAUGCUAUUAUCUUAUAGCGAAGUACCGGUCAGUAUAGUAUAGUACUGACAUUGGAUGUUAUUUCAAGUAAUUGAAGUGGUUUGAUUAGUUUAUCGACAAUCCUUCACCCACUCACAACAUCCUAUGAGGAAUAUGUUUCUUCGAUGGCUCAAGAAAAUCAAAAUAUUCCCUCCCUUUCGGCUAAAAGUCAUUUCAUGAAUAUUAUGUGAUUCAUGUUUUUGAGAAGUGUGCAAUAAAUUUUGAGAUACUAA